AUGGUGGUCUCGAGGUAUGCCAUCGCAGCAGUGCUGCUUGAACUGGCGGCGCAGACAGUCGCUCAUGGCGACGAUGAGCACUGCCAUGGGGACAUGUGUGACAUGAAGAAACCAGUCCCUCAUGAGGGUGCCGCUGCGUCCGACGCCCAGGCUACAUCGUAUGCCGCUCUCGGUAUGCAUGGAAAGAUGAUACUGGCACAUAUCGCUCUCAUGGUGCUCGCAUGGUUCUUUGUUCUACCAAUAGGCGUUAUGUUCAGCGUUGCACGGUCCAGAUAUGCUCUUCCGUCUCAGUUCUUUUUCCUCGUCGUCAACGGCUUAGGGGUGCUAUGCGGGACAAUAUACAACAUCAACACUCCGGACCUGUAUGAAAACAAUGCUCACCACAAGAUUGGUUGGAUCGCAACGUGGAUUGUGACUGCUCAGGUGAUGAUGAGCCUCCUCUUCCACUAUUCCGGCCGGGGAAAACAGACAGAGAUCUCCAGCCGCGAACGACAAGCAUUUUUGCCCAUUUCGGCGGCGAACAUGGCCCAGCACAACGCGAGCCCGUACACGGACCAUCGCUGGUCAGGGGACAGUGGACAGGGCUCGGAAGCGUCCACCGCACUCAACAGCCGAGACGCCUCUCCCACCAAGCUUUUGCGCCGAGGCACUGAUGACAGUUUCGAGAAGCCAGAACCCGAGCCACAGGAUGAGGACGAGGACGGAGAUGAAGUCCCAUUGCCUUCGCCGCGUCGUUCUCGACCGGCGUGGCUGCGCAUCAACGUCAUCGACAAAUACCUCUCGUCUCGUGUCCCCAAUCUGCUGUCGGCUAAGAUUCUGCGGCUAAUCGAAAUUGUAUACCAAGUCAUCGACCGAACCAUUUUAAUCCUGGGAUUUAUCGCACUGACAACUGGAGGGGUAACCUAUGCUGGCAUUUUCAGAGGCGAUAACGUCUUCAACGGUCUCGCACACUUCAUCAAGGGAGGAAUAUUCUUCUGGUACGGACUAUUGACGCUGGGCCGGUGGAUGGGGUGCUUUGCCGAUUUUGGCUGGGCGUGGAACAUCAAACCGGCCCGCAGCGAGGUGGGCCAAUGGAAAGCCCGUCUCCCGUCGGCUGAGUUCGUCGAGUCCUUUGUCAUCUGGCUCUACGGCACGACCAACGUCUUCCUCGAGCAUCUGGCCGCAUGGGGCGGUGAGUGGACUGCGCAGGAUCUGGAGCAUGUCUCGAUCUCCGUCAUGUUCUUUGGUGGAGGCCUGAUGGGAAUGCUUGUCGAAUCGAAGCGUGUUCGGCGAUGCCUGAAUGCCGUCGUCGACAACAUGCCAGCUCGAGCAGAAGUGUCUCCGGACGAAGCGCUGGAACUGCGCACCCCGCCCAAGCAGUACGGGACCUCUCUGAAUCCCGUUCCGGCCUUGAUCAUCCUUCUUCUCGGAAUUAUGAUGUCCUCGCAUCACCAGGCCUCAAUGACCUCCACCAUGGUCCACAAGCAAUGGGGUAACCUUCUCGGUGGUUUCUCUGUUGCCCGUCUGGUCACGUAUGUGAUCAUGUACAUCUCACCCCCCACGUCCGUGUAUCCCUCCCGCCCUCCGACCGAGUUGAUCUCGGCAUUCUGUCUGAUCUCUGGAGGUCUGGUGUUUAUGUUCAGCACCAAAGACAUCGUCGACGCUAUCGAGAGCGCGGACCUCAUGGCCAUGUUUGUCUUCACAGUCGUGAUGGGCUUCACGGCCUUCAUCAUGUCCUUGGAGAUCUUCGUGCUUUGCCUCAAGGGGUGGGCCGUCCACAAGGAGCUCAGGGCAGCUCAAGGUUCAGUUCGACACUGA